ACUUGAUAUGACCUUAAUGGUUGGCAAACCCUUUACAAUACUACAAUUUUAGUGGGAAUCAUCAUCACACAACUGGUUUUAUUCAUUUCGCCAAACAGCGUGUGCAUGCAUAGAGGCAAGAAAGAAGGCAUGUAUUAGCGAAAACUAACAACAAAAGUGUAAAAAAGUCUGUGCGGCCCAUGUUUAUGCGUGAAGUGAUGCAUUUGCAUUGAAGGAGAUUCAUUCUGAUUCUAGAUACGGACAGAACCACCACAAACUAUUCUCUCCCUCCUCUAUCGACGCUGUUAACGUAACGUUCAUGUGAAUUGAGAUUUGGAGAGCUUUGACUUUACUGGUGUUUACUCUACUACAAGCAAGCAAGCACUCGGUUGAAUUGGGACAUUUGCGGAAUUGCUAGAGUAGAAAAGAGAGUUGUGCCACUACAACUGAUGCUUUAGCUAGCCCAACUAACUAAAUAAAAUUAAACUGGUUUUCAGUGAAAUAAAGUAAGCAAGAAGAGUACUGCUACUUAUAGUUCAUUCCUUUCCGACGGAUUAAUUAGGGGGACACUUGUUAGGCAGGGAACAAGGACAGAAGACCAUUCAAAGUGAUAGAAGGAAACGUAUCAAUCGUUGACGUGCCCACUCUGGUUAAUAGUUCCUCCACAAAUAGAUAAAUAAUAGUAAUUAACAAGUUCAGCUUGACAACCAAGCCAAUCGAGUGAUAAACCUGAACCUCGUCUUCUUCCUCACUCGUUCUUUCCCCCCAGUUGCCAUUGUCAAUUGUUGUUAUCAUCCAUUGACGAUACACUCGAAUUCCAGUGCAACGAGAAAUUAGGGGAACAGUUCCGGAUAAGACUGGACAGGAAAUUUCGUCUGUGUUUCAUUAUUUACCCAGUUAUUUAUUAUUUAUAACAACGGACAACUUGCCGUUGUUUGAAUUCCAGUGUGAGGUAACUUUAUCAGUGUGGCAAUUGUGGCAUCGGUUUUUUAUUCCAAUUGUCUGUGAAACUAGUUGAUAAACUAUUGCUACUCGAAGAAUGUCUCUCAUUUUUGCUACACGGCGUUCUCUGCUCAACGCCAGAGGUAUCGCUUACCAGCUGCAGUCCAUUAACAAAAAUGGAAAAUUUGUUCCAAUUGUGUCCGUCGCUUAUUUCAGGACUGGACGUUUGUCUCAAAACCCACAUGAAACACCCCCCAUGCGACACAACACUUCCAGUCUGGAUGUUCCCCAGCUGAACCUUGAGAAUGCAGAAUGCAGACCCCUUCCCAACACGGCCAGUGACAUGCUGAAUGAUGAGGAUCUCGUCAUUAAACAUCAACACCAUCAUGGUCAACAACGUGAUGAAGCAUUUCGCAAGACCCUAUUCACUACGCUGACCUACGCUACGAAAGUGUACGAUACCAUCACGCUUCCCUUUUAUGCAGCGGUUCAGCAGCCCUGGAAAAAAUUGGCCAUGAAUAAUGCACCAAAGGGCAUUUGUGUGGAUGAGGAACGAUUUAUCUAUGAGACUCUGACACCGGUUGGAUCAUUCCACAAAGCUAUAGAUGAGCAUGGGGUGGAUACGAUGGAAAAAGUUUUUGCCUUUGCAACCUCAAGAAAUGGGAGCAAAAACUGUCUUGGGACGCGAGAAGUAAUUAAGGAAAUGGAAGUUUUGGAUCAACAUACGGGAAAAAUAAUGAAAAAGUUUGAGCUCGGAGAGUACAAGUGGUUGAGCUACAGUGAUACUGACCUGAUUGCCAAAAAUUUGGCUUCUGGCUUUGCUUCCCUUGGAAUCAAUCCGAAAGGAAAAGUUGCAAUUUUUGCAGAAACGCGUCAAGAGUGGCUACUGGCCAGCAUGGGUGCCUUUAAGAGAAAUCUAAAGAUCGUCACUGUUUUCACGACCCUGAGUGACGCUGGGGUAGUCCAUGCUUUGUCAGAAACGCAAGCACCAUGCCUUAUCACCACUGAUGAGAUGAUGCCACGUAUUGAAAACAUUCUAAAACAUGUUCCUUCCAUCAAGACCAUUAUUUAUAUGGACAAAAACGGUCAACAGCCAGCAGAAUUCCAUGAUAAAAAUCUCCCUAACGAUGUCACCGUCAUCAGCUUUAGUCAACUUAUUAAACAAGGAAGAGACAAUCCCGUCCCAGAGAUCCCCCCACAGAAGGAGGACGAGGCAAUUAUAAUGUAUACGAGCGGUUCGACCGGUACCCCAAAGGGCGUCAUCUUAAGCCACUUCAAUCUAGUAGAAGGAAUGAAGGGCGUUUUGGACAUUCUGGAAGUCCACGAUUCAGCUAACCCUGAUGACGCCUAUAUUGCUUAUUUACCACUUGCGCAUGUAUUGGAGCUUAUGAGUGAGGCGAUUUGUUUUGUCCAAGGCAUUCCAAUCGGAUACAGCAACCCACUCACGUUAACAGAUAAUUCAUUAUCAAUCAUGCCUGGUACAAAAGGGGACGCUACAAUUCUGAGACCCACCAUCUUUGCUGGUGUACCGCUUGUCAUUGAACGUAUCUGCAAAGGAAUUAAUACAAAACUUGCAGAAAAAAGUCAGCUUGCCCAAUUACUUUUCCAAUUUUUCUACAAGUAUAAGAAUGACUGGAUGCAACGGGGUUACGAUACACCUUUAGUUAACAAGGUGUUUUUCGACAAAAUCCGCCAAGUUAUUGGUGGCCGAGUUCGAUUUAUGGCGAUUGGUUCAGCACCACUAGCACCAGAAACUCACGAGUUUAUUCGAACCGUCCUGUGCUGUCCUGUAAGUCAAGGCUAUGCCAUGACUGAGAGCAGCAGUUGUGGAAAUUUUGCAGUUCCUCACGAUCUAACAGUCGGCCGAGUUGGUCCUCCAGUAUAUUGCAAUCAAGUAAGGCUAGUGAACUGGGAGGAGGGUGGAUACAGGACCACAGAUAAACCAUUCCCAAGAGGCGAAAUUUACUUGGGGGGAAAUAACAUUGCGAUUGGUUACUACAAACUUAGAGAAAGUACUGAUUUCUUUGAGGAGGAUGGAAAACGAUGGAUUAUGACUGGAGAUAUAGGCGAAGUUCAUCCUGACGGCUCAUUCAAAAUCAUCGAUCGUAAGAAAGAUCUAGUAAAGUUGUCAAUGGGAGAAUAUGUGAGCCUCGGAAGAAUUGAAGCUGUUAUCAAGUCAAGUGCCAUUGUGGAGAACGCUUGUGUUUGCGCCGAUUCAACACAUUCGUACCCAGUAGCAAUGGUAGUCCCAGCUCAAAAUGCGGUAUUGAAAAUGGCCGCAGAAAUGGACAUCCCAACUGACAAUUUCGGAUCAUUAUGUAAAGAUCCGAGAAUAAUUCAGGCCGUCCUGGAAGAAAUCCAAGAUACGGGACGCCAACUUAAUCUUAAUAAAUUUGAAAUCCCAAGAAAAAUUCACCUUUGCGAGGAACCCUGGUUGCCCACGAGUGGUUUGGUCACUGCGGCCUUCAAGAUUCGAAGGAACAAUGUAUACAAGCAUUACGAGCGAGAAAUUGAACAGAUGUAUAAUUCCAGCUAAUAUACGACUAUAGCUAUAAACUACAUAAAUUCGCCAUCGAAAAGACUAAACUUUGCAACGCCAAUCCACGGAUAACCACUACUCAUCCAACAACGACCAAAUCUCACACAAUGAGAUUUUUUACAAAUUCGUUUUUUUUAAUCUCGUUAAUGUCCUGCCACGAAGGAGAUGUGUGCUAUCGAUAAUCAUCAUUCGUAACUUAUUUAGCAGCUGUAGAAAAAAAACCUCAAAGUUUUAUUGAUUGCUAUACGGGUCUUACAGUGCUUUAUGUGAACCUGGAUAAUUUUAUGCUCACAUCCUACAAUUAUAAUUCCUAAAAUUAGUUUUAAAUUGACCCCAUAAUAUGGUUAGAGCUUAUCUUUUAUGUUAUUCGGCCCAUAUUUUUAAAAAAAUAUAUAAAAGUACAUAUACUCGUUUUGCGACGCGUCCGUUCGCAAGCGUGCCAAUAACCUUGAUACCUGAGAUGUUUUAAUUUUGUUAUGAAUUUUGAAACUAAAAUGUGCGCCUUAUGAAUAUGAUAUGAUUAAAACAUAUUUUAAACGACUCAA